CUUUAUUCACCAUAAAUGUUGUCUUUGAGGGAUGUUCUGCUACCAAUUUCAGGGACGGGGUUGGCUGGAAUGAUGCAGGGAGAGUUGAUAAGAUGGUAUGUGGAUCAACAAAAUCAGAAAAAUAGCUACAGUUCCUUGGAGGAAGCAAAGAAUGAAGCUUCCAAAAUCAAAGCCAUUAUAGAGAGUUUGAUUCGGAGAGAAGGCUUUUUGAUUGUGGUAGAUGAUGGCAGCCGACCAGAAGCAGAUGGUGAUGGUGGAAGGCAGUCAUCAUCAAGAGAUGACAGGAUAUUGGCUGUGGCUCCUAAUUAUGUGGUAGAAUGAUGUGAUGCAUUCACAACUCGGUAACCAGAAGACUCAUGCAUGGUGCACGGUGUAUGAGGUCGCGAAAGUUAAAUUGUAACCUAACCAUUUAUACAUGCUGCAAGCUCGGCUUUUCUAUAGCCACUAGUUUUUAAGUUCACGGCAGCUGAAAGCUUGGCGUUGGAAUCAGCCCAUUGUUCUAAUCGUAAAUGCAUUUGAAAGAUCUGAAAAUAACAUCUAAAGUUUGGUAGGUGAUUAAGGAGUGAUGUUUUUUUCUCCAUGAUUGUUAUACAAAGCGCAGAUAUUUUAUGGUGGCACAGAGCCGGACUUUCAGGUACUAGAUUCAGCAGCACCACUUGCAUCUGCUGAAAAUGUUUAACAGAGCAGGGAUAUUAGUGCGGAUUGACAACUCAAUUCUGCAGCUAAGAUUUGCAGAUCUCAGCGGCUUCCGGCUCGGUUUCACAAUUUCCAUCUGCUGGAGUGGGAUGCGUUAUCCUGUUCUCCCAUCAAUAGAUGCCUGACUUAGUUGCUACUUACAAUGAAACCUGACAUUAUAAAAGUCGACUAGUUUUUGUGA